AUGUGGGGGAGUUCGCCGCCGAGAAAGCGGCAUGUGGAGGAUGUGAGCUGGAAUGCCGAGCCAAACACCACUGUGGCGCCUUUUUGCACGAGCAAUUUCGACCCGAGUCUGACUGGGUACAGGUCCGGGUUGCUCCGUAAGAAUGCGAGAGGCUCGAUCUCGUUGCUCGUGCGCGUCGCCGUCGACGUCUGCGGACCGGAUGACCUUCUGCUUGCGCGGGCGCGCCUUGGUCUGGCGGUCGUAGAAGCCCUCGUUCGCGUCGAUCAGCUCGGCCAGGCGCUCGAUGUACGAUAUCGCCGACCGCGACACGUCUCUGACGGCGACGAUCUGGAACAGCGUGUCGGCGGCGAGCGCAGACACGUAGGGGGGCGCGGGCUGUGCGGCCGGCACAAACGGGGUCAGCAGGUGUUUGACGGCAUCGCACCGGGUUUUCGUCAGGUCCAGGGACCGGAGAGCCUCCAUCGGGAAGGGUCUUAUCACGAAAUUUUUUCAGCGUAA